AUGAGCGGUAAGACGAGUAACGAAAAACCAUACUCAGCCAACGAGACGGCCGAGUUCCAAAAUAAUGCGCUCGCGCAGCAGUAUGGUGGUGGACAUGUCGGCGGCUGGGUUGGUCGUUUACCCUCAUCAUGGGUUCCUUACGUCCAGCUGGCACGAUUGAGUCCUCCCGCCGCCCUGUUCCUCAUAUACUUCCCACACUUUUUCGGUAUUAUACUUGCCGCCAUUAUCCAGAGAUCACCUAUCUCCCAGGUGCUUCAGGCCAGCUUAAUCAUGCUUGGCGGUAGCUUCUUUUUCUCGAACGCCGCCCAUGGCUGGAACGACCUCAUCGAUGCGCCCGUCGACAAGUCAAUACUUCGUACGAGCAAGCGCCCUAUCCCCCGAGGUGCCAUCACACCUCACGCCGCUUUCGUUUUUACUAUGACACAGGCCAUCGGCGCUGCCUCGUUUCUACUCCUGAUGCCGUCCGGAAGCGCGAUCUACGCCAUCCCGAAUAUUAUCGGUACUUUCUACUACCCCUGGGCCAAACGGCACACCAACUUCGCGCAGUUGGUGCUAGGCUUUUGUUUGGCUUGGGGUAUCAUGAUGGGGUCAUGCGCAAUGGGUCUCGAGCCAUUUAUAGGAGGACCUUUUGGGAGCGGAAACGGAGGGAAACAGUUCUGGAGCGAGCCGUCAACCACGUGCCUCUUCCUCGCAAGCAUCCUAUGGACGGUUAUUUAUGAUUCGAUCUAUGCGCAUCAGGAUAUCAAGGAUGAUAUCAGGAUCACGCCGGCACGUUCUGCUGAAGUAAUAACUCGCGAAGUACUUCGAGCGGCAUCCGCUCCGCCAUUGCAAAGUCGGGAUGGGUCUACCAACCGUACCAUAAGCAUAGGCUUUCUUGGCGAGACAUCUUAUAUUUCUAUCUUUACGGACGGCCUUGGUAGCUUUGAUGUCUCUUCUCCGGGCCUAGAAGCUCCCGAAGCCCAAGAAAUGAGCUUAUCGCACGACCGAAUAAUCCAGGGAUGUAAACUCCUCUCAUUCUUAAAAGACAAGCACAUGAUCAAUCGUCUCGUAUCGCGCUGGUACGAAAUAUGCGAAGACGAAGCUUGUAUAUGUAUAGAGCCCAUAAUGAAAGAGUGGCUAUGGGGUCUCGGCAUGCAUCACGGAGACGUUCUUAGAGAUCAAAAUUCCGAAAAGAUUCGGCGAUUAUGUGAAUUAAUCUGGCGUAAUACCCAAACUCCAGUCAUAUUUAACCAGAAUACGACAGCUAAGCAUUGGGCGCGAUCUGCUACUGGACCAAGCAUACGAUGGGAAGUCAUUGGCCUCAUCGCUGUAGUCGCCGGCCAGUCUGCGAACACUCCCGAACCUUUCGGUCGCGGUUCUAAGAAACAUAACUCGGCGGCGCAUUCCUCAUUUGCGAGACAGAUGAACGAGAUUGCAGAGACUUGUUUAAACUUUUGCCGCGACUGUGGAGCUUUGGGUGAUAUGUUCACCUGGCUUCUCAUGGAGAAUUACUCUCUAACGGCUAAGAUUAAAGGCGAAGCUAGUCACACUACAUAUACCCUGAGUGGUGAGAUUGUAGCUUCGACCGUUGCGAUGGGUUUGCACCGGGGGGUCAAAGAAGAGGAUCGGCUUCCAUUCUUUUUAGAAGAACUACGAAAAAGGCUGCUUUGCCAGAUGUAUGGCGCGGAGAUCGGUAUAUCAACGUUUACGGGUCGCCCUCCUCGGAUUUCACAUCGUUAUUGUAAUCUCCAGCCUCCCUUAGACCUUGCGGUCUCCCUCCUCCUCGAAGGAGAUGACUUAACUCUAGCACUUGCUAGUCUAGAUGAGAAAGGAUUCAAUACAUCAGGAAGAAUACGUCGCGUUACUUGGAUAAGAAUCUGGAUUGGAUUCGCUAUACAAAGAGAAGACAUACUGGACCUGGCCCUAGGUCCGUAUACACGCGACGAGAUCCUACAACGCGCAGAAGAUAUCAAAAAUAGACACCGUCGAUAUAUAGAGGAACUCCCAGGGUUCAUCAAGAAAAUAAGAGACUCGCCUAUAGAAAUAGAGGGAAGACCACCAACGGAAAUACUAUUCAUGAUUGUAAUCCAUCAAUCCUUCCGUUCAAACGACCUUUUGCUCCAGCGCGUCUUGAUUCGUAAAGCUGGGGCAAGUUCAGAGGAGCUCAUACGACUUGCACGCUCAAUCCUAAAGGAUAUAUUGUUAAUCAGUCAACGCCAUGACCUAGGGACGCUAUUUAAAACAGAUAUUGCUUCUCUUCUCGCAGUACAAGGUAUGCGGAGCGCUGCCGUCAUGGCAGUCGAGCUAUUAAAACAAGAGCAACUCCCCGUUUAUCCGAAAGCCCCUCUUCUCCCUAGAAGUCAGACCAUCCAAGAUCUAGCCGUGUUCGGCAGCUGGGCUGGGGGCUGCGAUCCUAGUGACGGAUCUUUUAGUAUAUGCGACCAGGGACGAAAGGUCAUCUCUCAUAUACUUGAUAGGAUUCUAAGUCCUCCUGACCCUCCUAUUCAACGUCAGGCUUCAGGUGAACAACCUGCGCACCAGGAUCAAGACCAGCAAGUUGACGAGACGGUUAUGGGCGCUCCGGCGAACGAGCCGACCCAAAGUUACGGCUUUCACAUGCCGUGCGCAACUGAUUUUACUAUGACCGAUCUGAACUUUGGUAUCGAUACUCCGUUCUUAGGGCCUGAUAAUGAUUUUAUGCAGUGGCUUGAGAACAUGGAUUGGGAACGGCCUGUUUAG